UCAUUUGCUUUUAAUGGCCUCCAGGAAAUUUGCCAUUACAAUUCUCACAGACAUUAGAGCGCAGAGAGGAGCGCGGGGGGAAAGCGCCGCAUGCAUGAGCACCAGAUCCAGAUUUUCGCUUCGUAAAACGCAUACGCGUCUUUUAUCGCCACUUUAUCAACAAGUUCCAGUGCGCCUCCCGCUCCAGCGAGAGCGAAGAGAGACUUUGACUCGUUCAGGGAAGGAAAAUGUGUUGCCUUUGUGAAAGAGCCUGGGGGAAUAUUACAUCAGACGAAAUGACAAUGAUUAAAAUCAGCCUUUCUGCCUCUCCAAAGUCUCAGGAACGGCGUGGUGACACUUGCCUGAUGCGUAAACCGUUAUAUGCUGAACUUUAAACCCUCGCCGGCUAUUUUUACUUUGCGAAAGAAUCGAGGGGAAUAUCGGGUUUGCAUCUGUUCCAAUGAGUCUGCUCGGGUUUGAGUUAAUUGUCCUCUAAUCCUGUGGCCCCAGAGGCGUUUGCGCAGCCCCGAGCCAGAAUUCUUCUUUCGGCUCUGCUCUGAUUUAGAGACGGAUUAUUGGCUUCCUUCUGCCCAUAAGCAAAGCAGCACAUUCACCGUGGCCAAAACAGACAGUGGCGAGGCUGAUAUACGCGAGUAUUAAGAAAUAAGAAGAUCAAGAGGGGGAAGGAGAGCUCUGGUCUCCUGGAGAAGGAAGGGAGAAGCAUGUCACGCCUGUCUCUGACCCGGUCUCCGGUCUCUCCUCUGGCCGCGCAGGGGAUUCCACUGCCGGCUCAGCUCACCAAAGCCAACGCGCCCGUUCACAUCGACGUGGGUGGCCACAUGUACACCAGCAGCCUGGCGACCCUCACCAAGUACCCAGACUCACGGAUCAGCCGGCUGUUUAACGGAACCGAGCCCAUCGUUCUGGACAGUUUAAAGCAGCAUUACUUCAUCGACAGGGACGGAGAGAUCUUCCGCUAUAUUCUCAGUUUCCUGCGAACCUGCAAACUGCUGCUGCCCGAUGACUUUAAGGACUUCAAUCUCCUGUACGAGGAGGCGCGUUAUUACCAGCUGACCCCCAUGAUCAAGGAGCUGGAGCGGUGGAAGCAGGAGCGGGAGCAGAGGCGUCUUGCGCAGCCCUGCGACUGCCUGGUCGUCCGCGUGACCCCUGACCUGGGCGAGCGGAUCGCCCUCAGCGGGGAGAAGGUGCUCAUCGAGGAGAUCUUCCCCGAGACCGGUGACGUCAUGUGUAACUCGGUCAACGCUGGCUGGAACCAGGACCCGACCCACGUCAUCCGCUUCCCCCUGAACGGCUACUGCAGACUGAACUCGGUGCAGGUGUUGGAGCGUCUCUUCCAGAAGGGUUUCAGCGUGGCUGCGUCCUGCGGCGGCGGCGUCGACUCGUCCCAAUUCAGCGAGUACGUCCUGUGUCGCGAGGACAGGCGGAGUCAAUCCAUGAACACGCCCAUCAGGAUAAAGCAGGAGCCGCUGGACUAAAGACACGCGCUCAGGCCCUCGGCCCCUCGACACACACAUUUCCACACACUCACACACUCUCUCAGCGUUUAUACGGGGAAUGUAAUCAAACCGCACCAGAAACCCAAAGAACUCCAGCAGGAUCUGAGUCCCGCCCUGUUCCGCCCAAACCACCAAUCAGAGGACGUCCUCGCGCAUACGGAACGCAGGCUCCGCCCCUCUGCCGGCGCAGUGUGUGUCUCUCGUCGUAUCUCAUGACGAUCGCGGGGCCGGGGGUCGAUUUUUUUGGAUUUUCAUUUGGUCCUUGUUGUUUCUAAAGACGUUUUUCACUCCUUAUAGCACCAUGUUGUAUGCGGUUAGCAGUACUAGACUGGAGUUUUGUGUUUAUUUCUUUUGUUACAUGAAGGAUGAUGGGAGUGGCGUUCUGAAGGCAUUACGUUUCAGAGACUUUCCUGGCAGGAAAACGCUAUUACGCCCUCGGGCAGUCUGGGGUUUAAUGCGUUCGGCUGCUCAAGGUUUCUUUGUUUAAAGGAGCUGCAAGCAAACGUGGCUAUUUCUAAAGCCGGAGACAUUAAGCAUAUCGUUAAACAUCUGAAAUUUUUAUAAGCUCUCUAAUGCUCGAGUCAAAUGGCUUGUGAACUAUACGCCACCUAUACAAAGAGCCGUGUGUGUCGGGAACCAAAUGUAAGGAGCUCGAGGCAAAACAUUGGCAGAUAAAGACGUACGAUUGUGUCUGUAACCGUGCGUUUGCACUUAAAUCUGCAUCUCGAGAUCUCGUGAAAACAAGCCGCCCGCGUGUUUAAAGAUUCAGUGGAAAUAGACUCAAGUUGGAGCGCGCUGACAGAAUGAGGGUACUAACUAUGAUGCAUUAAUUUUUAAACCGUCUUUGUGAAUGAAUAAUGGUUAUUCAUUAGCCCAGUUUAUCAGGUUUCGUUGGAAGUUGUCCGAUUUCCAUUUUGACGUCAAAAAGUUGUCAGAUGCUGAGUAAAUGGAGGAUAUGUUGUGAAAAAGGUGCUUCAUUAGACGUGUGUACGCGAUCCAGUGUCCAAAUGCUCAGAGAGAAUCGACAUCAACCAAAUCUGUCUGAAAAAAAGAUAUUUGGAAAUAUAAAUCCAUUGCCAUAAGUUUGAUUAAACA